AUGGGUCUCAGGCCUGGUCUCAAAGACCCUGAUCUUGACGACAAUGCUCCUGGCCUCGAUGUCAAUAGCCUCCUCUCUUGCUUCAAUGUUUUUAGACUUACCCUCGGCACCAAUGCUCUCGCUCUUGGCGUCAAUACGCUCAUUCUCGCUGUCAUUACUCGCAUCCUUGGUGGUAACUCUCGGGUUCGGUAG